CACGUCAUAUAUACCAAUUGCUAAAUAAGCUAAAGCUAGGCUAACUAGCUGCUACAAAGUAACAUGUAGUUGGAUUUACUGAAAUUGUCAACGAAGGAGCUUCCAGAGUGAUCGGGACAUGGAAUUGAGAAAUAUCAAGGACCAGUCUCCACUGGUCCAGGCCAUAUUCAGCCGCAACGUAGAAGAUGUGACAUUUUUGCUGAACCACAACGAAGAUGUGAAUUCACAGGACCAAGAACAAAGCACACCACUGCAUGCUGCUGCUUAUUUGGGUGAUGUCCAUAUUAUGGAGUUACUUAUUAGUUCAGGUGCUGAUGUCAACGCUAAGGACCAGGACUUGUUGACUCCUUUACAUAGAGCUGCUGCCUCGCGAAAUGAAAGGGCUGUUGAGCUGCUGUUAAAACACAAUGCGGAGGUCAACUCACGGGACAAAUUCUGGCAUACACCUUUACACAUGGCUGCUGCAAACUGGGCGAUAGGCUGUGCCAGAGCCUUGAUACCACAUGCUUGCAGCUUGGAUGUAACUGACAGGUCAGGAAGGACAGCACUACAUCAUGCAGCGCACAGCGGCCACAGAGAGAUGGUGAACUUGUUCCUGUCUAAAGGUGCCAGUGUAAAUGCCAAAGAUAAAAAGGACAGGCAGCCCAUCCACUGGGCAGCAUACCUCGGACAUGUGGAGGUUGUGAAGCUGCUCGUGUCUCACAGUGCAGAUGUGAUGUGCAAGGACAAACGUGGUUACACUUCGCUCCAUGCUGCAGCUGCCAGCGGACAAAUAGAUGUGGUCAAAUACCUGUUGAGACUGGGAGUUGAGGCUGAUGAGCCUAAUGUUUUUGGGAACACAGCACUCCACAUGGCUUGUUACACGGGUCAGGACACUGUAGCCACUGAACUGGUGAACUGUGGUGCCAACAUCAACCAGCCCAACUACCACGGCAACACGCCGCUGCAUCUAGCCGCCGCCUCCUCCAGUGGGGUGCUGUGUCUCGAGCUGCUCGUCAACAAUGGUGCUGAUGUCAACAUUCAGAAUAAAGAGGGGAAGAGCUCUUUGCAUAUCGCUGCAAUGUAUGGGCGCUUUACAGGCUCCCAGAUUCUGAUCCAAAAUGGUUCAGAGAUUGACUGCGUUGACAUGCAUGGAAACUCUCCUCUUCAUGUUGCUGCCAGAUAUGGUCAGGAGUUAUUGAUCAGUACUCUGCUGACUAACGGUGCUGAGAAAACCAGACAGGGCGUUCAUGGGAUGCUUCCACUGCAUUUGGCUUCGCUCUAUGGUUUUCCAGACUGUUGUCGCAAGUUACUGUCUAACGGACAGUUUUACAACACCAUGCCAACUCUGACCGUUGGUCCAACGCCAGCAGUGGGGUUUGAUAUCAACACGUUGGACGAUCACGGGAGGACCUGUCUGCAUGCAGCCGCCUCUGGAGGAAAUGUCGAGUGCCUCAACUUGCUGUUAAACAGUGGUGCUGAACUGGAUAUUAAGGAUGAUUUGGGAAGAUCUCCUCUGCACUAUGCUGCAGCAAACGGGAACAGCCAAUGCACAGUCUCUCUUGUGAGAGCCGGCGCAGAGGUCAAUGAGCUGGACGUGACGGGCUGCAGCCCUCUGCACUACACCGCUGCUUCGCACACCUUCUGUGGAGGGGAGUCUGAACAAGACCUCAUCGUGGAAAAGGAACAAGAAGCCUCUCUGUGUUUAGACUACUUGCUUGACAACGGGGCGAACCCAACUCUGAAGAACAGCAAGGGUUACAGCGCAGUCCACUAUGCUGCAGCUUAUGGGAACAAACAGCAUCUCGAACUGCUCUUGGAGAUUUCUUUCAACUGUCUCGAAGAAGCUGAAAGUAAUAUUCCAGUCAGUCCUUUGCACUUAGCUGCCUAUUAUGGUCAUUGUGAGGCGCUGCAUUUGCUUUGUGAGACGCUGGUGAGUCUGGAUGUGCGGGACAUCGAAGGCCAAACUGCUCUCCACCUGGCGGCUCAGAGAGGCUUUUCCACAUGCGUGGACGUCCUGUUGAAGCACCAAGCCUCCUACACCCUGAAGGAGCACAAGCACAAGUGGACGCCGCUCCACGCUGCAGCCGCUGAGGGCCAAGUGGACUGUCUGCUUUUAUUAGUCAACGGGGAACAAAGUGCCGACAUCAUUGACAGUCCAGACACACAGGGACAGACUGCUCUCAUGCUGGCAGCUCUGGGACGUCACACCGAUUGUGUCCAUGUCCUGCUGGAGAAAAAAGCAAAGGCAGAUGCUGCAGACAAACAGGGCUUCACUGCAUUACACAGAGCUGCCAUGCUGGGGAGUGAGGAUUGUGUUUCUGCUCUGUUGGAACAUGGGGCUUCUGCCCUGUGUAGAGACUCUCAGGGAAGGACUCCUCUGCACCUGGCAGCGUCCUGCGGUCACACAGAGCUGCUUCACACUUUGCUUAUGGCUGCUAAGAGGUUGGACCCUCUGGACUCCAUGUUGGACUACAGAGGCUACACGCCCACUCACUGGGCUGCCUACCACGGGCAUGAAGGGUGUUUACACAUUUUACUUGAAAACAAACUUUUUAGCAACCAGGAAGGAAACUUAUUCACCCCAUUGCACUGUGCUCUAGUUAAUGGACACGAUGUUGCUGCUGGACUUCUUGUGAAAGCUGUUGGUUCCCAGAUAGGCAGUGUUAGUGAUGCCAAAGGAAGGACUCCGCUGCAUGCAGCUGCUUAUUCAGGAAGUGUUGCUGGGCUCCAGCUGGUCCUGGCCCAGGGAGCAGAGGUCAAUGCUGUGGACAGCAGUGGAUGCUCUGCUCUGAUGGUUGCUGCCGACUGUGGACAGACCAUGGCUGUUGAGUUCUUGCUGCACAAUGCCAAGCCAGACCUGACCCUGGUGGAUGUCAAUAAUAACACAGCCCUUCAUUUAGCCUGCAGCAAGGGUCAUGAGAUGUGUGCCCUGUUGAUCCUGGGAGAGAUCACCGACCCAUCCCUCAUAAAUGCAAGAAACAAUGCUCUCCAAAUGCCCCUUCACAUUGCAGCAAGAAAAGGCCUGGCCACAGUAGUGCAGGUGUUACUGAGCAGAGGAGCCGCAGUCAUGGCCGUAGACGAGGAAGGCCACACACCAGCUCUGGCCUGUGCCCCAAAUAAAAACGUAGCUGACUGCCUGGCCCUGAUCCUCUCCACCAUGAAGCCUUUCCCUCCCAGAGAGGCCAGCACAGCCACCCACUUCAACCCCAUCCUGAAAAACUGUGGCAUCGCUGCCACCUGUGGCUCCGGUGGAAACUUGUGUCAUGCCUGAGUUCAUUAAGGUUUCGGCCAACGCUACUGUGUCGUCCCAGUGUAGACAGCUGCACAUAUUGCAUUAACUCAUGUACCAGUAGCAGUGACUGCUUUUCUAAAAUCUAGUCUUAGGCAUUACUUAAAUUAGUAGACCGGUUACGAGUUAUUUGAAUGAAGCACUAACUGUUCGAAAUUAAUGGAAGUUUAAACGUGAGCACACUACACAAGCCUUCCCACUUGAACCUCUUUCAGUGUUUUUUUUUUUUUUUUUAUAUAUAUUUGAGCUCUUUAACCAAGAAAGCCAAUCUCCAUCUUUGUCCUCAGCUGAUACGAGAAUCCUCAUGCAUUUGUUGUGUGCAUGUUUUAUUUACGUCUGUGUCUAAUAUUAGACACUGCUUCUUAACAUACUUAUAAUAUCUAACAGGUGCUGUGAACCUUUUAUGCAAUUAAUAAGACACUAUUUUCUUAUCCAGACCAGGGUGUAGCAAACACUAUGCUAGUAUAUAUAACUAAUAAUGUUAUCAUUUACUGAUUUACAUUUCGAAGUAUCAGUCACAAGCAUGUCUCUAGUUUUAGUAUUAUAGUUUACCAGGUCUAGUGUAUAUAUAGUUCUUAAAACAAAGUCGAAGCUUUUACUUGUAUUAUGUUGAAAAUCCCAAAUGAUUGAGAAUAAACCUCAGGUCAGUGAGUACUGUAUAGUAGGUGCAAUAAGAAGCACAUGUUGAGCUGGAUGCUACCAAGUGAAAAAGAUAUAUUUCAGUUAAAUAAGCCAGGAAGAGAAAGAUCAGAGAAAUAAAAAUCAUGUGUUGCACAGGAAGAAAAUCAUUCAGGCUUUGAGCUUAAAAUGUAUUUUUAGUGAAUGUGAUUUUCAACUGUGUUCCUAUAUAAAAGUUUUUUUGUUUUUGUUUUUUUAAAUAUAAACCAACACAGUGCAAAACACAGAUGUUUGGCAUUUUAGUUUCAAGAGUCAAUAUCUUAUCAAAUGUUUGGUUUGACCAAUCAGUCACUUGUUUCAGCUCUACAUCUGAUGUUUAAUUAUUGAAAUGAAAUUGCCACAAUUUCUAUGAAGCACCAAAAAAAAACCCUGACAUUUUGUGUAUUUUAUAAUUAUUUCUUUGUGAUUUUGUACUACAAUGUUCUCUGUGUUUUAAGUGGAAACGAUCCCCAAAGUGACUGGUAACAUUUGAGCAUCCAGUAUUUGACAUUCAGUGAAACUUUACAUAUUAAAUGUUUCAAAUGUUGUAAGAUUUCAAAUUAAAUUGGCAGCGUCUUCAAUCUUUUUAAUGAGUUUCUAACUUAUUAUUCAUAAACUAACACAAUACACCUGUCACUGCCUCUGUCUUUAAAGAUCCCUUGUAUUUUUUAAAUGGUGUUGUAUAUUAAAUAUUUUCUUUUUUUCCAGCAUUGUAAGCCACAUACAAUCUUGUCCUAAGAAAACCUGAAACGCUUUAAGCUGUUUGCACAUUGACACGAGAGUGCGUUUUGCAGCAAGUGUCAUUUGUAGUAUUCUGCAAAUGUUUGUUUCUGCACUUAAAAUUAGUGUUUAAUUAACUGCAGCAGUCUGUCUGACAUUUCUAAACAUAUGUCGCCCUGAAAUAAUGGAAGUCAGGAUUUUUUUUCUGAUGCUGCAUUUCAUUUCAAUAAUCUGUGUCUUCCAAACAGUUUACUGAGGUUUAGAUGAAAUAACUUGAAUACUCUGUGGUUCUCUUGUGAUUAUAAUUCAUAUGACAGAAAAUAAAUAAAUUACUACCAUCUCUAA